AACCCAGCAACCCCGGACCUCGGCUUCGCCGCCGAGGAUGACGCGGGAGCGCGCGGCCGCCCCCAGAAGGCUCCGGGCGAUGGGGCGGGCCUCCACGUAGACCCCGGGGGUCGCUUGCUCCUGCCAGCACGCCUUCGCUGAGGCCGCGAGCCUGGAGCACGCUCGCCCUCCCGCCCCCCAGCCGCCUCUGCCGCCGCCCCCUCCUUGGAAACCAAGUUACCAACGUUAAACCAAUCCCGGAACGCAACUCUGCCUCCUCCACAACCCACCCGCCGCGCCGUCCUCUCGCCCAGCUCAGCGCUCGCGCUCUCCUCGCCUCCUGCGCUUCCCCCGCGGCGGCGAUGCCGGGGCCCUCGCCGGGGCUGUGCCGGGCGUUGCUCGGCCUCUGGGCUGCCCUGGGCCCGGGGCUCUUCGGCCUCUCAGCGGUCGCGCAGGAGCCCUUUUGGGCGGACCUGCAGCCCCGCGUGGCGCUCGUGGAGCGCGGGGGAUCUUUGUGGCUGAAUUGCAGCACCAACUGCCCACGACCUGAGCGCGGUGGCCUGGAGACCUCGCUGCGCCGGAAUGGGACCCAGAGGGGCUUGCGCUGGCUGGCGCGGCAGCUGGUGGACAUCCGCGAGCCGGAGACCCAGCCCGUCUGCUUCUUCCGCUGCGCCCGGCGCACGCUGCAGGCGCGUGGGCUCAUUCGCACUUUCCAGCGACCGGAUCGCGUAGAGCUGGUACCGCUGCCUGCCUGGCAGCCUGUGGGCGAGAACUUCACCCUGAGCUGUAGGGUCCCAGGAGCUGGGCCUCGUGGGAGCCUCACACUGACCUUGUUGCGGGGCGCGCAGGAGCUCAUCCGACGCAGCUUCGCCGGGGAGCCACCCCGAGCGCGGGGUGCGGUGCUCACGGCUACAGUACUGGCGCGAAGGGAGGACCAUGGGGCCAAUUUCUCCUGCCGCGCGGAGCUGGACCUGCGGCCGCAUGGCUUGGGGCUGUUUUCAAACAGCUCCGCCCCCAGAGAACUCCGAACUUUCGCCCUGUCUCCGGACCCCCCGCGCCUCGUUGUUCCCCGGCUCCUGGAAGUGGGCUCAGAAAGACCCGUGCGCUGCACCUUGGACGAGCUGUUUCCAGCCUCGGAGGCUGAGGUCUACCUGGCGCUGGGAGAUCACAGGCUGAGUCCCGAUAUCACCCUGGAGGGGGACGCGCUCGUGGUCACUGCCACAGCCACAGCUAAUGCAGAGCAGGAGGGCACCAGGCAGUUGGUCUGCAACGUGACCCUGGGGGGCGAGAGCCGCGAGACCCGGGAGAACGUGACCGUCUACAGCUUCCCCGCGCCGGUCCUGACCCUGAGCGAGCCCAGCACCCCCGAGGGGAAGGUGGUGACAGUAACUUGCGCAGCUGGACCUGGAGCCCUGGUCACACUGGACGGAAUUCCAGCCGUGGUCCCGGGGCAGCCCGCCCAGCUUCAGCUAAAUGCUACCGAGGACGACGACAAGCGCAGCUUCUUCUGCGACGCCAGCCUCGAGGUGGUCGGGCAGACCCUAAGCAAGAACGAGAGCGCCGAACUCCGCGUCCUAUACGCCCCUCGGCUGGAUGAUUCGGACUGUCCCAGGAGCUGGACGUGGCCGGAGGGCCCGGAGCAGACGCUGCGCUGCGAAGCCCGCGGAAACCCCGCGCCCUCCGUGCACUGCGAGCGGCCAGACAGCGGAGCGGUGCUGGCGCUGGGCCUGCAAGGUCCGGUCACUCGCGCUCUCGCCGGCACUUACCGCUGCACUGCGGUCAACCACCAGGGCGAAGCAGUCAAGGAAGUGACGGUGACGGUGGAGUACGCCCCAUCGCUGGACAGCAUGGGCUGCCCGGAACACAUUACAUGGCUGGAAGGAACAGAGGUCUCCCUGAGCUGUGUGGCGCACGGGGUCCCGCCACCCAACGUGAGCUGUGUGCACUCUGGGGAGGCCAGGGUUGUCGACGGCCUGCUGCGUGUGGUACGGCAGCACGCAGGAACCUACCGCUGCGAAGCCACUAAUGCUCAAGGCUCUGUGGCCAAAACUGUGGCCGUCACAGUGGAAUAUGGCCCCAGUUUCAAGGAGCAGAGCUGCCCGAGCAAUUGGACGUGGGUGGAAGGAUCUGGGCAGCUAUUUUCUUGUGAGGUGGAUGGAAAGCCAGAGCCAAGAGUGGAGUGCGUGGGCUCAGAGGGUGCCAGUGAGGGGUUGCUGCUGCCGCUGGCCUCCCCAGACUCUCCUCCCGGAGUCCCCAGCAUCGCGAGUGGAUUGGCACCUGGUAUCUACAUUUGCAACGCCACCAACCGGCAUGGCUCCAUGGUCAAGACUGUCGCCGUGAGCACGGAGUCGCCGCCGCAAAUGGAUGAGUCCACCUGCCCAAGUCACCAGACGUGGCUGGAAGGGGCCGAGGCAGCAGGGCUGGCCUGCGCUGCCCGGGGUCGCCCGUCCCCACAAGUGCGCUGCUCCCGGGAGGGCGUGCCCCGGCCUCAGAGGCUGCGCGUGUCCCGAGAGGAUGCGGGUACCUACCAUUGCUUGGCUACCAACAUGCAUGGCACGGACACCCGGACGGUCACCGUGGGCGUGGAAUACCGGCCGGUGGUGGCCGAGUUGGCAGCCUCGCCUCCCGGAGGGGUGCGGCCGGGCGGGAACUUCACGUUGACCUGCCGUGCAGAGGCCUGGCCCCCAGCCCAGAUCAGCUGGCGCGCGCCCCCCGGGGCGCUCAACAUCGGCCUGUCGAGCAACAACAGCACGCUGAGCGUGGCGGGCGCCAUGGGCAGCCACGGCGGCGAGUACGAGUGCGCAGCCACCAACGCGCAUGGGCGCCACGCGCGACGCAUCACAGUGCGCGUGGCCGGUCCGUGGCUGUGGGUCGCCGUGGGCGGCGCGGCGGGGGGCGCGGCCCUGCUGGCCGCCGGGGCCGGCCUGGCCUUCUACGUUCAGUCCACCGCUUGUAAGAAGGGCGAGUAUAACGUGCAGGAGGCCGAAAGCUCCGGUGAGGCCGUGUGUCUCAACGGCGCAGGCGGCGGCACUGGCGGGGGCACGGGCGCUGAAGGUGGAACCGAGGCUGCGGACACCGCAGAGGCGCAGGCCGGGGGCGAGGUCUUCGCCAUCCAGCUGACGUCGGCGUGAGCCGGUUCCCCUCUCCCCGCAGGCCGGGGGACGCCCCCCAGAGGCACACGGGGGCUUAUUUAUUGUUCUAUUUAUUUAUGUAUUUAUUUAUUCAUUCAUUUAUUUAUUCAGUUCCAGGGGCAUCACGCCCAUUUUCUACCCCCCCCCAAUAAAGUUUUUAUAAAGGA